CUCCAAGCUUUGAGACUGACCUCAUACCCCACGUCGAAGCCUACACGAGCCCGUGUCCCUCCCAGCCAGCCAUUCCUCUCGCAAUUCACCUCGCCCCUUGUCGAUAGUCGCCCUCCCGUGUGUGUCGCGACCCUCAGCCAUGAUAGACCGGAGAUAGCAGGACGACAAUGGACACACAGAGCGCAAGCGUUGCCGACGCCAGGGUGGACGAACUAUGGGCAACUCUCGACACGCGCAAACAGGGCCAUCUUGACCUCGCAGGCCUCAAAAAGGGUCUGCGGAAGCUGGAUCAUCCCUUGAAAAAUGCGGACCAGCUCCUGGACGAGGUGAUGCAGGCUGUAGAUACCGAUGGGAAUGGAAGGAUCACAUACCAAGAAUUCCGCAAAUUCGUACACGAAACCGAAAAGGAGCUUCAGCACCUAUUCCAGACCAUCGACUACAACCACGACGGCAAGAUAUCCAAGGACGAGCUGCGCUCAGCUUUGCGAACGGCUGGCCUUACAGUCCCCAACAUUAAUCUCGACAAGUUCUUUUCAGAAGUGGACACCAACAAUGAUGGCACCAUCAGUUUUGAAGAAUGGCGGGACUUUCUUCUAUUCAUUCCGGUCAGCGCACCGUCCCUCGGCGCCGUAAUGUCGUACUUUUCCGCCACCAUGAAAGUAAACCAAGAAGGCGACGUUCUCAUCAGUGACGACACAAUCCAAGGCCUAGGUACUACACAGCGUUUUCUUCGUUUUUUCUUUGGUUCCCUUUUCAUUGUAGCGCACACACCGCCCUACAAUCCCCUUCCGCCAGAACCCAGCGCACCGCUCGCAAUGGCUUCAUCUACUUCGACACUUGCCUACCAAGGUACCCUCCCGCCACGAUCUGCAAACGAGACGAGCAGCGCUUCUCUCGUAGAGAUACGGGCAGGACUUAUAGAGAGCUUAGGAACCAUGCUGAUUGCUUGUGUUCCCAAUCCAGGCUAUUUCGUGGCGGGAGGCGUUGCAGGCAUUGUUUCUCGCACCUCUACUGCUCCGCUCGAUCGUUUGAAAGUCUACCUCAUCGCCCAGACCAAUGUCGCGGAAGAAGCUGUCGUCGCCGCCAAGCAUGGCAAUAUCGUUAAAGCUGCCAUGAACGCUUGGAGGCCACUUGCGACCGCCACCAAGGAGCUCUGGCAGGCUGGCGGUAUGCGCAGUUUGUACGCUGGAAACGGUUUGAACGUCGUGAAAGUGAUGCCGGAAUCGGCCAUCAAAUUCGGCUCUUACGAGGCUGCGAAACGCGUCUUCGCUAAGAUAGAAGGACAUAAUGACCCCGCCAUAAUACAUUCAUGGUCGAAAUUCGUCGCUGGUGGUCUAGCAGGCAUGGUCUCACAAUUCGCCGUCUACCCCAUCGAUACCCUGAAGUUUCGCAUGCAAUGCGAGACCGUCUCUGGUGGCUUACACGGCAACCGAUUGAUCUGGGCCACAGCAAAGAAGAUGUGGAAUGCUGGUGGAAUACCCGCAUACUACCGCGGUCUACCCAUGGGCAUCGUCGGGAUCUUCCCCUACGCAGCCCUCGAUCUAGGCACAUUCGAGUACCUCAAACGCUACGUCGCCCGCCGCAAUGCGAAGCGACUCGGAUGCCACGAACAAGACGCCGAGCCAGGUGGCUUCAUGACAGCAGCCAUUGGCGGUUUCUCUGGCGCAUUCGGAGCCAGUGCCGUUUACCCGCUCAAUCUUCUACGAACACGACUACAGAGUCAAGGUACUGUCCUUCAUCCACGGACCUACACAGGUAUCAUGGAUGUCACGAGACAGACUAUCGCGGGUGAGGGUGUUAGAGGGCUGUUCAAGGGUCUCACGCCGAACUUGCUCAAGGUCGUUCCUGCUGUGUCGAUCACAUAUGUCGUAUACGACAAAUCGAAAAAGGCAAUCGGCAUACCGUGAAGACAGCAGAGUCUUCACUGUUAUGUCUCCAAGAUACAGGAAAGAUGGCGUCUGCCAUAUUCCUACGCCGCCGACUAAAGAAAGUAUUAAACGGCCUUGUCCCUUUGCAUAUCAAAAUACAGCGAUACCCUUCGAGCUCUACAAGCAUCACUAUCAGCGUGUGCUCUAGCCUUUUUCUAUAUUCUUUCUUUUUUUGCAUCAUGGCGUGGCGUUUGGGCGUGAGUGGUUGCGGCAAACGUAGCUUGGUGUUGCUAAUUG